AUGGCGCCGACUCACCCCAAGAGCCAACCUGGCAAAAGCGACUCCUCAUCAAAGAAAGAUGUGUCAAUAGACAAGCUUCCUCGUCUGCCUCAAGGCAGCAAGAUCCAGAAGCGCGCCCUCCCGCGCAGCCAGCAGCCCAUAUCCUCCAAGUCCCGACUCAUCUACGUCUCCUCAUCGACGCCCUUCAUGGCCGUCGUCUCCCGCGUCAGGAAACAGCUCGACAGGGCGCUCAAGGGCAACGUCCCCUCCACCAAAGGCAUGUCGCUGCCGCAGCGGGUGGAUCUGCUUCAUCGCGACGGGGGCACCAAGGCGGAGGGCGAGGCGGUUGUACUGGGUACGGGCAAGGCGGUGGAGAAGGUCCUCAGCGUGGCGGCGUGGUUUGAGGAGCAAGGGGAUUGUGUUGUUGAGAUCAGGACGAGGACGGUGGGCACGGUGGACGAUGUCGUUGUCGAAGAGGAUGACGAUGGAUUUGGAGGUGAGAGCAGGGUGAGGAGGGUCAGCUGUUUGGAGGUUACGGUGAAGUCGAGGUGA